CGAGAAGAGGGGUGGACUGUGCUGGGGCUUGCGCCUCUCCUCCCGGAGAGACUCGAUGGCUCCUCUGAAGAAAGGGAAGAAGCUCAAACGCAAGCCCAGAGAUCGGUCCAAGCUCUCUGAGAAGCCCAAUCCGCACUUGGAGCUGAAGGCCGGCGACACCGAGUGGUGGUACACCUUCUGGCAUAAGAACGGCAGCGCCACUGGUCAUGCCAUUCCUUCUGAUGAAGACGAAGCUUUCAAAUAUUUUUUUCGGGUGUCAAAGAAAACCUUCGAGUAUAUCUGCUCAAUAGUGAGAGAAGACCUGGUUUCAAGGCCUCCUUCAGGUCUUAUAAACAUCGAAGGCAGGCUUCUGAGUGUCGAGAAGCAAGUUGCCAUUGCCAUGAGAAGAUUAGCAUCUGGAGAAUCCCAGGUGUCUGUUGGGGCUGCCUUUGGUGUUGGCCAGUCUACUGUUUCUCAGGUGACAUGGAGAUUUAUCGAGUCCAUGGAGGAGCGAGCAAGGCAUCAUCUCAGGUGGCCUGAUGCCGAUAGGAUGGAGGAAGUCAAAACCCAAUUGGAGACUGCCUUCGGAUUGCCCAAUUGUUGUGGAGCCAUUGAUGCAACCCACGUUAUAAUGACACUCCCUGCAGUGGAAUCAUCAGAUGAUUGGUGCGACCAGGAGAGCAAUUACAGCAUGUUCUUGCAAGGAAUCGUGGACCAUGAAUUGAGAUUCCUUGACGUCGUGACCGGUUUCCCCGGGAGCAUGAACAUUGCCCGCCUAUUAAGGUGUUCAGUAUUUUUCAAACUCUGUGAGAGCGGGAAGCGGCUAAAUGGACCUGUUAAAAUGACUCGAGAGAAGUCAGAAAUCCAUGAGUUCAUAGUAGGAGAGGCAACAUACCCCCUACUUCCUUGGCUUAUGACUCCGUACGAAGGCAAAAACUUACCUGCACCGAUCCUCGACUUCAAUGCCAAACAAAAAGCAGCUAGGCUUCUUGCAGCAAGAGCAUUGUUGCAAUUGAAGGGUGGCUGGAGGAUAUUACAUAAAGUUAUGUGGAGACCAGAUAAACACAAAUUACCAAGUAUUAUAAUCGUCUGCUGUCUUCUUCAUAACAUCAUUAUCGACAUGGGUGAUAAGUUAAAUGCUGAUGUCGCUCUUCUAAACCACCAUGAUGCUGGUUACAGAGAAUCAAGCUCACAACAUGUGGAUCCCCGAGGGAAGACCGUCAGAGAGGCCUUAACAAAACAUUUGCACUGCAGUGACUCAUCAUGUCAAGUAAACAGCGCUUGACACUCAUUUAAGACAUGUUACUCAUCAUUCUAUUUUCAUUGUAUUCAUGGACGGUCCUUAUCUGCAAUGGAACUUUUGGGCACUAGGCGGGCUUAUUGCUGUUACCUUGUUCAAUUAUAUAAUAUGUUUCUUCCAUGAAGGUCCUUUCUUUUUAA